GAUGGCGUUCAUCUUUGUUGACAGAAUAUCGGUGUUGUUGUUGAUGUUUUGUUGAUGUUCUUUCCAUCAUCAUCAUCAUUUUAUUCCUGUUCCAACAUCACCAACAGCAAUGAUAAUGGAAUAUUUAUUCUGUUUGAAUCGAUGUUUUGGUUGUUUCCACGACCCGACACGUUUAACACAUUUUGAACAAUCAUUUAAUGAAAUUUGUUUGGAUGGUACAAAUAUUGGUAACGAUGUUGUUAUUAUUAAAAAAGGCCGAAGAAUAUGUGGUAGUGGUGGUGCAAUAACAAAUUUUCCAAUCGUUCAGAAUAAAGCUUAUUUCGAAGCUAAAAUUCAACAAUUAGGAAAUUUCGGUAUCGGUCUAGCAACCAAUAAUGUUGAUCUAAAUACAAUACCAUUAGGUACUGAUAAUCAAAGUUGGAUAUUACGACAAGAUGGUACAAUUGUACAUGAUAAUAAAAUAUUAUAUCGUUUAGGUUAUGAACUAAAAGAAGGUGAUAUUAUAUCAAUAUUAUAUGAUCAUAUUGAAUUACGUUUUCGUAGAAAUAAUCAACCAAUCGAUUUUGAAAUACGUAAUAUAAAAAUAUCGGAAAUAUAUCCAGUUGUUUAUGUUGAUAAUGGUACCAUUAUUGAUAUGUAUUUUUCAAAUUUUCAUUAUCAACCACCACCAUCAUUCGAUCGAAUACUUAUUGAAAAAGCAUUACUUUAAUUUCAUAAAAAAAACCUGAAUUUUAAUCAAU